AUGGCGGCGUCCAUGCUGAGCCGGGUGUGUAUGACCCUUCGGCCCCCGGGGCUGUGCGGUGUGGCCCCGGGGUGGGUGAGGUACUACGCCAAUGACUCGUUCGUGUCAGGAAACGCCCACAGAGAACCGCGUUUGAAACCCAAAAUGGACAGAAGCAAAGUGGUUCUUUCUUCACGUACGGAAAGAAUGCUUCCGGAUCAAGACUGGACCAACGUGUAUCCGGCAGCAGCGUCUUUCAAGCCAUCAGCUGUUCCCCUUCCUGUGCGAAUGGGCUAUCCCGUGAAGAUGGGGGCACCCCCAGACAAGUAUGGUAAUCUGGAGCUUAUGAAGGUUCCUAACUUCUUGCACAUAACCCCUCUGGCUAUUAGGAAGCACUGUGCAGCUCUGAAAGAGUUCUGCAAUGAGUGGCCCGCUGUGCUCUCCGAUGAUGACCAGUGCAACCAGCAUUUCCCAAUAGAGCUGUCGUCUGUAGAUUAUGUCUUCGCUGGGCCGUCAAUUCACAACCCAAAAGCCAGGGUAGUGACUCUGCAGAUAAAACUGUCCAGUUUGAAUCUGGAUAAACACGCCAGGCAGAAGCUGAUUAAACUUGUAGGGUCUCGGUACAAUGCAGAGAGCGAUACUUUGACAAUCCAGACAGACAGGUGUCCAUUAAAAAGGCAGAACGAGGAUUACGCCAUGUACUUGUUGACAGUACUCUACCAUGAGUCCUGCAAAACUGAAGCAUGGGAGAGCGAGAUACAGGACAGUGACAUGGAUGAGUACAUCUGGGAGGGCAGCACGUCCGAGAAGAACACCCUACAGACUCUUUUGAAGUCUCGUGGCACCUCCAUCGAGGAAAUACUCCAAUCUCCCAGUGUUCAGGAAUACCGCAGUGCCAUGUUGAACCUGCGCAAUCAAGGUGAGACGGAGGACAGUAUCAGCACCUACAAGCAAAGUGUAAAGAAAAUGCUGGGCAUUGCUUAG